UCCGAUAGGACAGGGUUCAGACCCAAUCCACUUCCUCAGAAGUAGGUGGAUAACACGAUUGUAAAUAAUGAUCAAGAUUAAUACUUCAUCAAUAUGUGCUAUGACCACUUUUUAGGGAUAUUUUUCAUAUUCAGAAAUAAGCGGUCGUGUGGGUGGUGACUUCUUGAGAAAAAUAAGAAGAAUAAAAAAAAGGGUGGCAUUUUAUAAAAAUGGUUUGUCCUGUGAAGCUUUGUAGAGGAUCUGCACUCCAUUUCAUUUGCUAAUUGGUGAGUGUAAGACGGCAGGAAUGGCUGUGACUGAUUCAGUCGUGCAACUAGUAGUAUCUCAGCUGAUCGACGCAGUGGCAUCUCAUUUGCACAGCCAUAGAACGCUCGAAGAAAAUGUUACUAUUUUGAUGAAUAAAAUCGAAGUGUUGAAAUGCGUAGAGUCCGACGUGAAGGAAAAACUGAAUUCAGCAGAGGUAUUAUAUGGGAAGGAGCCAAAGAGAGAGGUGAACUUAUGGCUGAAAAAUGUACAAGAGAUCGUAGAAGAAGCGAUUCAGAUAGAAGAGGAUUUUAAGGGUCAAGGGACACAAUUCUUGCUCUUGCGUGGAGAUUUGGGAAAGCUUGUGGAAAAGAAGAUCCGACAGGCUGUGGAGCUCAAGAAGAAUAGUCGAUUUUUUAAUGGGUUAUUUGCUGAUAUAUUGCCAGACAGUGGAAGGAUACCCACGAGAAGACUUGUAGGCGAAAGGAACUUCAAAAAGAUCUGGAAGUCCUUAUUGGAUGUUGGGGUUGGAAUAAUAGGCAUCUAUGGUAUUGAGGGAGUUGGCAAGACCACGGUCAUGGCCCACAUUCACAACAUGCUCAAGGAUGUUUGUAUUUUCGAUAGCGUCAUUUGGGUGACUGUGUCAAGAGCUACUAACAUAGAAAGAUUACAAAAAGACAUAGCAAAGGAGAUAGGUUUGGAGCUUAGGGAGGAAGAUAAUGAAAUGAGAAAGGCAAUGAAAUUGUUUCAGGCUUUGACCCGGAUGAAGAAAUUUGUACUAAUAUUAGAUGAUAUGUGGGAAGCAUUUCCUUUAGAAAGGAUAGGAAUUCCAGAGCCCAAUGUAGAUAAUGGUUGUAAAUUAGUGCUGACUACACGCUGUGAGGGUUUGUGUAUAGAUAUGGACUGCCAGAGAGGGUUGAAAGUGGAACUUCUCUCAAAAGAAGACGCAUUUGAAUUGUUAAAGGAAAAACUUGGCUCUGAUGUGGAGGUCACUCCAGAAGUAGAAACUUUUGUAAGGGGUGUUUCAGAAGAAUGUGGUGGCCUUCCACUUCGGAUUAUCCAGUUUGCAAGGGAAAUGAGGAAAAAUUCAAGGAGAGAGAGGUCAAUGAUGGAAAGGGAAAUAGUUUCCAAGUGGAAAUUUGUAUAUGACAAGUUGAAAUAUUCGACGACAACUCAGCAGCAGAGCAGGAAAAUUUCCCUCGGACCCUUGUUGCUGGAAGAUGAAGAAGAAGAAAAACGCGGAAUAAAGAGGAAAGCACUAGAACUACCAACCGUUGCUUCAACAUCAAGACGGGGAAGUUCUUCUCUGAUGAUACCAGAAGACCAGAAUGGAUGCGGAAUGAAAAAAGGACACAAGCAAUUAUAUGUUGCUUCGAACUCACGGUCACUGGGUUCUCCUCCGAAUGGGUUUCCGCUCUCUCUAUCCAUCUUUCCAACAAGCACUUGUCCAGAAUGUUGUGUCAGUGAUGAUAGCCGCUGAAUCUUUCAUAGUGGCUCCGUUCCAUGCCUCAUCAAAUCUGCCGAAGAGAGGAAAUGAUGUGUGUAUAUAUGUAGAUUAUACUAUACCAUGUAUAGCUAGCCUUCCUAUUAAACAGAUUGUAUCAAAUGAUGUGUGUGUAUAUCGACUGUAACAUGUAUAGCUAGCCUUCCUAUUAAACAGAUUGUAUCAAAUGAUGUGUGUAUAUAUCUACUGUAACAUGUAUAGCUAGCCUUCCUAUUAAACAGAUUGUACCAUGUUUAGCUAAAUAACCUACAUGUAUAGAUAAAGUAAUUUUGUAUAUAUACUCCUCUCUAUCAAUGAAAUUAUAAAUUCUUAUCUUUUA